AUGAGUACACCCAAUACCAGUAACUUAUCCAUAAUUGCUACUACUAGAAGCUCAUUACCAACAUCAUCUCCCUCUAUACCAUCAUUUGAUAAAAUAAAUAUUUUAUUGGCACGAAAUGUUCAACUAGAAGCAACGUCGUCACCAAGUGAUUAUUCCGCGAAAAUAACUUGUGAUGAUUCUAGUAUUCUUCCUUAUGUUCAAGCAAAUGUUACACAAGAUUCGACAUUAAUUGUUUCAGCAACAACCGAUUGUGAUGUUCUUAUUCGAGCUUAUACUUAUCAAAAAAUACGUAUUGAAAGUGCAUUGAAAUUAACUAUGACAGAUUAUUCCUUUAAGGGAUAUCAAUUAGGAAUAAUUAGCAUGGGAGACUCACAGAUUCAAAUAGCUAAUAUUGGUUUUGAUUUGGCAGAAUUCAUUUUCUUGGGUAAUAGUUCAGCAAAAUUAAGUGGAAAUAUCGGAAAAUUAACUAUUGUUAGUCGAGGCAAAGGAUCCAUUGAUGCAACUAAUAUAGUGACGCCAAGUGUCACGGCUACUCUGACGGGUACUGGUUUACUUCAGGUGAAAUCAACAGCUAAUAUGAAUUUAAGUGUCGAUGGAACGGGUACUCUAACCUGGUGUUCACCAAACGUUCAAAUGGAUGUAACAUUUGAUAUCUAUAAAAAGAAAAAUAUUCUCUAUCAAUGCUAA